UUAAACCCUAGUCAGCGGCCUGUCCACUAAAACCCUCUCCCGAAGUUCUCGCAAUGGUGAAAUCGUAUCUCCGAUACGAACCGGCGGCGGCGUUCGGUGUAAUUACUUCAAUUGACUCUAACAUCACUUUCGAUACUUCCGGCAAACAUUUACUAGCCCCGGCGCUUGAAAAGAUCGCUGUUUGGCAUAUCCGUCAAGGCGUUUGCGCCAAAACACUUUCGCCGUCAACUCAAACUCGUGGUCCGUCUAUCGCCGUUACGUCUAUUGCAGCUGUUCCAUCUUCUUCUUCUCUGAUAGCUAGUGGGAAUGCUGAUGGAAGUAUAAGAAUUUGGGAUUAUGAGAGAGGAACCUGCGAGACCACAUUGAAUGGGCACAAAGGGGCUACUACAGUUCUGCGGUUUAACAAGUCAGGAUCAUUACUUGCUUCCGGAAGCAAAGACAAUGACAUUGUUUUAUGGGAUGUUAUUGGUGAAGUUGGACUUUUUCGACUACGUGGCCAUCGUGACCAGGUUACUGAUCUCGCUUUCUUGGAUUCUGGUAAAAAACUUGUUAGUGCAUCUAAGGACAAGUUUUUAAGGGUUUGGGAUCUUGACACCCAACAUUGUACACAAAUAAUUGGUGGUCAUCACAGUGAAAUUUGGUCCAUCGAUGUUGAUGCUGAUCAGAGAUAUUUAGUGACUGGAUCAGCUGAUUCAGAGCUCAGAUUUUAUACCAUAAAACAUGAAAUUACAGAUGGUCAAUCUGUAUCGAAAACUAGUCCAACUGAUACUGAUGGUAGAGAUUCAUCUGUUGAAAGCAAAUGGGAAAGUUUGAAGUUUUUUGGUGAAAUCCAACGACAAAGCAAAGAUCGUGUUGCAACAGUUAGAUUUAACAAGUCUGGCAACCUUCUAGCUUGUCAAGUUGCAGGGAAGACAGUGGAGAUAUAUCGUGUAUUGGAUGAGACAGAAGCGAAACGUAAAGCAAAAAGAAGAACAAAUCGAAAAAAAGAAAGGAAAUCAUCUAAAACAAUUGACGCUGCCAAUAGUGGAAACAUAGACAAUGAAUUAAAAGAUGAUGGAAACCUGACCAUGGUUACAGUCCCUGAUGUAUUUAAGCUUUUGGAGACUCUUAGAGCUAACAAGAAAAUAUGUUCUAUGUCAUUCUCUCCCGUUACGUCCAAAAAGUCGCUAGAUACUUUAGCAUUGUCGUUAAACAACAAUUUGCUGGAGGUGUAUUCAAUAGAUAGCAGCUCAACCCCAAAAACAAGUGCUAGCAGCUCUAUUUCAAAAUCAAGUGCAAUUGAGCUUCAAGGUCAUCGUUCUGAUGUUAGAAGUGUUACGCUUAGCUCAGACAGCACACUUUUAAUGUCAACAAGUCAUAAUGCUGUGAAGAUUUGGAAUCCAAGUACUGGUUCUUGUCUUCGAACUAUCGAUUCAGGAUAUGGGCUAUGUAGUUUGUUUGUUCCUGGUAACAAGUAUGCUGUAAUUGGCACAAAAAGCGGGGAUCUUGAAAUUAUUGACGUGAGAAGUAGCACUACUGUUGAAGUAGUGAAAGCUCAUACGGGCUCUGUUCAAUCAAUUGUUCCCACACCAGAUGGUGGCGGUUUUGUCACUGGGAGCAUAGAUCGUGAUAUUAAGUUUUGGGAGUAUGAAACCACAAAAGUUCCUGGUCAGGAUUUGGUGAAUCUUACAGUGACCAAUGUGAGGACAUUACCAAUGAAUGAUGAUGUUAUAGUGGUUUCUGUGAGCCCUGAUGGGAGGCAUAUAGCGGCCGCAUUAUUGGAUUGCACUGUGAAGGUCUUCUACAUGGAUACUCUGAAAUUUUUCCUUACAUUGUAUGGUCACAAGCUUCCAGUAUUGUGUAUGGAUAUGUCAUCUGAUGGGGAUCUUAUUGUUACUGGUUCUGCUGACAAAAACUUGAAAAUAUGGGGUUUGGACUUUGGUGACUGUCACAAGUCUAUAUUUGCACAUGCCGAUAGUGUAACAGCAGUGAAGUUUGUUCAGAACACCCAUUACAUGUUCAGUGUCGGGAAAGACCGGCUGGUAAAAUACUGGGAUGCUGAUAAAUUUGAGUUACUUUUAACCCUAGAAGGCCAUCAUGCUGAAGUUUGGUGUGUCUCUAUCAGUCACCGUGGUGAUUUUCUUGUCACAGGGUCUCAUGAUCGAUCAAUUCGACGUUGGGACCGUACUGAAGAACCCUUUUUUCUCGAGGAAGAGAAAGAGAAGAGAUUGGAAGAAAUGUUUGAGGCUGACCUUGACAACUCCUUAGAAAACAGAUAUUUGCCUCAGCAAGAACUUCCAGAGGAGGGGGCUGUAGCUGUAGCUGGAAAAAAAACUCAAGAAACUUUAUCAGCAACUGAUUCAAUUAUUGAAGCAUUAGAUAUUGCAGUAGAAGAAUUGAAACGAAUUGCUGAACACGAGGCGGAAAAGAGGAGGGGAAAAACUGCAGAGUUUCGAUCUAAUAUUAUUAUGCUGGGGCUUUCUCCAUCCGAGUAUAUCCUCCUAGCAGUCUCAAAAGUUCAUACGAAUGACCUUGAGCAGACGUUAUUGGCUCUGCCAUUUGCAGAUGCUUUGAAUCUUUUAUCAUAUUUAAAAGAGUGGUCCUCGAAUCCUGAUAAGGUUGAGCUGGUUUGCAGGAUCGCCACGGUGUUACUGCAGUUGCAUCAUAAUCAGCUUGUUGCUACCACAAGCUCCAGACCUGUUCUGGCUGUGUUGAGAGAUAUACUUCAUGCUAGAGUUAAGGAAUGCAAGGAUACUCUUGGAUUCAAUCUGGCAGCUAUGGAUCACCUCAGGCAAUUAAUGGCUUCAAAAUCUGAUGCACCUUUCCAAGAUGCAAAGGAAAAAUUACUCGAAAUACGCUCACAGCAGUCGAAACGUGUUGAAGCAAGGGCAGACAUGAAAAGUGAGAGGAGGAAGAAGAAGAAGAAGCAAAAGAAGGAUGAUGGGCACGUGUGGUCUUAAUUUGCGGCUAUGCUUUCCUAUGAUGGCCUGUGACAACUUUCAUCCUUAUGUUUGUUGUGACAUAAAUGUAUAAAGUUUUAAUUUAAUUAUAUUCAACCAAAUAUUUUGUUGCCCCAAAUUUUGUAGUUGGAGACAAGUCUGAUGAGAAAUUUAUGAAAGUUACUUUGCGCCUUUUUGGACA